AUGAAUUUUAAAGGCUACAUCGGUCGUCAGCUGCGCCCUUCGCAGCUCGCCGCCGCGUUACUUCCCGCGGAUCAGCGGUGGUGCGCGGUCUGCCAUCAGGCGGUGCCGAAGCCGCACUUCGCCGCCCACCGCGCCCUCCCCUCCCACCGCCGCGCCGUCAAAAAAAUCAACAAAUUAAAAGGGCUCUCGCUCGCGAUGUGGGAGGAGCAUCGCGGGGCACCCCUCCGCGAGGAAAGCGCGCGCGAGGCCGAAAUCACGCGGGAGUUCGCGCAUUUUCGUCAGGAUCAGCAACGCCGUGAGCGCGCGGCGCUCGUGGCCUGGCGGGCGGCCUCUCACGAGGCGAACUGA